CUAAUCAGUCGCUGUGGGUAAUUCCCAAAAUUAGAACUUCUCUUUUUAAUGCUUAGCUGGCUUUUGACCUAAAUGUACAUAAAACAAUAUCGAAUAAUUAACCCGUAGGCAUGAUCUCUACAUGAGAGAGGUACGUAUUACUAGAGAACAAUGUAUGAAACAGAGUCAUCACUCAUAUCAGAUACUGGUGAUACACAUAACUUUCAAACAGAGUCAUCAGUCAUGUCAGAUACUGGAGACACACACCAGAUCCAAACAGAAUCAUCAAUUAUGUCAGAUAGCAUUGGAACACAGCUCUUCCAAGGAAAGAUAACCCAUAUUAUUGAUCCAUCUAAUUUUUGGGCUCAGAUUGGUACAGAAUCUGAUACUGAAAUGUUUAAGGAGUUAGAAGAAGAAUUAAAGAUAUUUUGUGAAUCAGUAGGUGUAUUGAAUAAAGACAGUAAUAUUGGUCUGGUUGAUUGUGGUUGUUAUGUUCUAGUAAAACAGGGAGAAUCGUGGCAUAGAGCUCAAGUAUCCAGAGUUGAUGAAUUAAAACAGCGUUUAGAUGUGUCUUAUGUAGAUCAUGGUGAUACUGAUAUGGUGCAUAUCAAUAAUGUCUGUGUCGCCUGUCCAAGAAUAUUCUACAGUCUAAAACCUCAAGCUGUCAAAUGUCAACUAGUAGGAAUUAAACCACUGGCGAAUAAUUGGACAAAUAGAGGAAUAAAAUGUUUUAAAAAUAGAACAAAAGAUCAGUUAUUUCAGACAGCUAUUGUAUCUAUUGACCAACAGUUUAUGUUCACAGGAGUUUCUCUUUACUACAGUAAUGACCAAGGCAGAUCUUUAGCUUAUGAUUUGAUAGAUGAAGAAAUAGGCAUGCCAAGUGAUGUGAAUGUACCCGAGUUUGCAAGAGAUGUGAGAUCAGCUUUACCUGAGUCUUACCUAGAAGACUUUCAGUAUGAUACAGACGAUCAGUUAACACAGACAUCAGAUAACUACAGUCCUCUUCCUUUUGACCAAUCAGUGGCCAGUAAUUCAACAGAUCCAUCCAAUCCUACAUCAGCUAUUAACAGUCCUGCUGAAUUUUAUAAUCCAUCCAACCCAGAAACUUUGAACAUUGAUAUCAGUAAUUUCGGAUCCACUCAGUCAGUUCAGAAAGAUUUAGAGAACAAGUUCUCGGCCAAGCCAGAGAAUUACAUCAACGACCAUGAUUAUUUAAAUGUGACCGUUGCCAAAGUUGAUGACAAGAGUGAUCAUACACCUUGUAAAGACAAUCAGAAUAAUGUUGAAACUACAUGUGAACAUCAAUCAGGGGCAGUAACUCCCUGUAAUAAUCAGUCAAAUCAUACUUCUCCAGAGGUAAAAACACCAACCCACCGUAAAUUAUACACAGAUUCUUGGUCAGAACCUCAAACCCCAACUUCAGGAACAGAACCCCCUUCUCCUGAUUUGGCUAUACCUGGCUUUAAUCUGUCAGCUAUCAUGAAAACAAAGAGUGUGUGUGCUGGAGAUUUACAGGAAGAAAGAGAUGUACAUAGAAGAGUAACAACUAAAACUGAGAUAGUUGAUAAUAUGGAACAGAUAUAUGAUCGGAUAGAAUAUAAUAAUGAUUUUAAUAAUAUACAUUGGGGUAUGUCGGAUUUGAAUAUUAGUGUAGAUUCAGGACAGUCACAUGAUGUUAUAGAUGAUAUCAGAUCACAGAUAGAUGCUAUACAGCCAAAACAUCAAUAUAUACAAACAGCCUGGGAAAAUAGUCACAGACAACCAGAUGCAAUUUCUACCACCACAGGAAGAGUAGAACAAGAUUCUGUCCCAGUUUUGAAAUUAGAAAAUUCUGAGGAAGCUGAAUAUAAGUUUUCAAAACAACUUGCAAAGUUAAUAAAGAAUAUAGCAAAUGAAGAUCCUGUUAUUGUUUGUGAAAGAAUUCAUCAAGUUGUACCUCCAGAUGGUUCGUGUGAAGCCAAUGUUUUAUCAGUUUGUUUAGAGAUGUUAAUAGAUGAAGCUAUGUCUAAUAAAGCAGCACAAGAUGCCAUAUUAAAAAUACUUGAUUCCUAUUCUCACUGUGAUAUAUUUGGUGCUUGUAUUGAAUGGGUUGUAAAGAAACUUACAAGAUCUUAUAUAAAGAGACCAAUACGUAGAACAGUCCAUACAGAUUUUAGUCAUAUCCUUGCUCAACUGUUUUUAAUGUCAAAAUACUGGCCAGUAGCGGUUGCUAGCUUAGUUCAAGAUUUUAUUAUUUCUACACUAUGGAAGUGGAUUAUUUUUAACAAAUCAGGACAACAAGUUGGUAAAGAAGCCAUUGAAUCAUGUGAGCUUUAUUUAAGUUGUUUAGAAACUGUCUGGUCAACUCUGUCUACUGUAAUAUAUGAAUUAUAUCCUGAUAAACAUGAGUUGUUCCUGAAAGAUUUACUUGAUAAAUUAUUAGGUGAUAAAAUUACAAGAAAUGUGAGAACAAGACUGUUUAAACUGUAUAUGGUCAGUAAAGAAGACAUAUUAAAGACUACAGAGUCAGCACAUUCCAAUGUAACUUCAGCUGAUUCUUACAUCACUAAGGCACAACUGAAAUCUGAUGCCUCGUCUCAGACUAGUCCCUGUUUACAAGACACACAAUCUACCAACACAGAUGAUUUAGACAUAAAAGACUGGAUGAAAGAAACUCUUUCAACAUUUGAAGUACCAUAUCAAGUAGAAGAAGAAAACGAAAUCAGCUCUUCUUAUUUUGAUUUCGAUGACGUUCAGUUUGAUUUUGGUAAUGGUGGUUAUCAAAAUGAACAAUUCUCAGAUAAAUCUCCCUGCUUUGAUCACCAUGACGAUGGUUUUGGGUAUGGUGAUAACAAUAAUCGUAAACAUGAAAUCAUUGAUAAGAGAGUCGAGGCGGUAACAAUAAAACGUGUUAUCAGUUUCUCAGACAUUCGUAAAAAUGAAAAAUACCAUGGAAAAAGUGGGAAUGAAAGUGAUUCUUCCACUUUUUCUGUAAAUAGUGCUUCGCAAGAACCAGUAAAAUCCGAGGAAACAAAUAAAAAUUCAAACAGAAUGGAUGUAGAGUCUGUUUCCUCUGAAGUCACAAUUUCAAAACCAUUUUCUCAUUCUGAAGUGAACAAUAAUGUUAAUAACCAAAGAGACACUGUUUCUCCAUUGCCUUCACAUUUCAAUACAAAAAGCAAAAGUACAAAAACGCCAGAAAAAGAAGAGUUACCAGUCAAGAAAAAACACAAAAAUACCCCACCUAAACCAAAACAAUACCAUUCUUGGGCAGAAUGCGUAAAAUUAGAAAAGUCAUCAUCAGAGAAUCUUCAAGCCGAUCAUUUGAAACAUCUCGCCAUGCAAACCCUCCAAUUAGGUGUGCUAAAAGGUAAAAAUAUUAAAGCACGGCGGCAGCUAUCAACUGAAGAACUCAAAGUCAUGUCUUCCAAAGAAUCUAGGUCAAAGCCUGUGACUAAAUCUAAUCGUGAACAUUGUAAAGACAAUAAAGAAAGUAAGCCUAUUAGUGUAGACAAUGAUAUAAAUAAUAUUAAAACUCUAAAAAAAGAUAAGGAUGUUGGUGUACUAUGGAAAAAAAAACCAGAACCUGUUUUUUCCAAACCCGAAGCUCGACUGGUACCUGAAGGAAAGUUUUUACAGCCCAGAAGAGCUCAAGAAUCCAAACGGCCUGAAACAUUUACUGCAAAGUCCAGACGAUUACUGAAGGGCAAAGAUUUACCAAUGAAAGCUAAACUUACAAGAGAAAUGUUAGAGGAACAAUUAGAAAAAGAAGUUAUGAUGAAAUUUGCUCCCAAAUCUGCAUACGCCAUCUCAAGUAGUAAAACUCCAGUCAAACCCAAACCCAAAACUAACCCUGAAUCAGAAUGGCCAAGUCUGAAACCGAAAGUCAGUCCCCCUCAAAAAACCAUAGACACAACCAGUUCUAACUCGUUACAAUCUAUAGCUGCUGCUUUACUAGAAACACCUACUUCUACAGAAGUUGGUAGAGAUGAAGAAAAACUCAGCAGUUGCACAUCAAACAACAUAAAAAAUCCCACCCCCAGUGAAGAAUUAAAGGGAGGUCACUCUACUGCACCGGUGAUUAAUAAUUCUGACAGUAGUUCAGAUGUAAAAGGUGAAGAAACGAGCACUUCCCGUAGUUACUUUGAAGAUAGUGAUGAUGAAUGGGAAUCAGAUGAUAGCCAAGAUAAUUUUAUCGUAAGUGGACCAGCUGACAAAUUUCAGAUGGAUGCAAACAAAGCUCCUACAUAUCAACCUGUUCAACGAACCUGGAAUCCAAGAGCAAGAACCUGUACAUCAUGUGGAGAGACCAGUCAUGUUGUUUACGACUGUCCAAACAAAGCCAGUAUUAUUUUUUAAACUGACUAAAUUUGUCAGAAUUUUGAGAAGAUAUGGUUGCCAUAGCAAAUUUAUUCACAGCAUAUUAUGUAAAUAAGAAAUGAUCCUUGACAUUGACAGAAAGCUCAACUCAAGAUCAAUCAAUGGCCAUUUUUGUUUUUUAAAUCAAAAAUAGAAUUUCUAAAUCACAUGAAAUCAUCAAUGAAUUGUUUUAGAUAAUUCCGAAUAUUCAAUUCACAAUAAUUCACUAAUAAUUUUUUUGAAUUAAAGUUGAGCUUUCAUGUAUACGAAAGAUUUAAUUACAGUUUGAAUUUGAUAAUGUCAUAAAAUGUAAAUGUACAUAGCGAUGGUAAACUAAAAUAUCCUAUGCAAUGUUUUGAUAAGAUGUUAAACCCAAUUCCUUGUUCAAAAUAUUAGUUAAGUGCCAAGUACUGUUCAUUCUUAUUUAUUAUAGGGAGCCACGGUGGCUAAGUGGGUAAGACGCUGGCUCGCUAGUCUGGAGGUCAUGUGUUCGAUCCCUGCAUUGGUUUCCCUUUGUCAGUAGCAGGACAGAGGGCAUGAAAAGGUCAGCUGUAUACAUUGGAGUGCACGUAAAAGAUCCAUUGGCAGUUGGAAUUCGAUAUAAGAGUAGGCCAUAGUGUUGCUGCCCGGUGAAAAUUUCCCUCAUAGCACACUGUAUGGCAUAAGCCCGUCUUCAUUAGCCCAGUUGGAGCAGAACAGUAGGACGUUAAACCCAAUUUCAUUUCUUAUUUAUUAUAGUUUUGUUUUAGUAUUUUAUUAGUAGAUCUGUAGUCUUUUAUUUAUUUUGUAUAUUGACUCUUAUAUAAGACCAACAGAGAAAAGUGAUUCAAUUCCAUAUAAAAAUUAGUAUUUUAUAAGACUUGUGUAAAAAUGCCAGUUUUAGAUAAUUGGAGUUAGUGGAAAUUUGGCUGUGAUGAUCCUGCCGUUGAGAAGAAACUCUCAAAAUUUGACUAUUUGAGUUUUAAAAUCAAAUACGAUUAGUUCUAAACAAGGGUACUAGAAAACAGACUUGUAUAAUGACUAAUUGUGCAAGAUUGAACAAACUGGCUUUACUACUUAAUAUCCAGUACACUAUAUAUAGUUUAUAAUUGUUGAUAAUAUUCAAACAUGCCAGUAAAACUACAUAUUGAGUAAUUUCGUAAACACAGAUUAGGCCAAACUAUUUAAUUUUUAUUUCUUCAGAGUCCUAAUUUGUUUAAAAAUUUGAACUAAGUACUUAUUUUUUUAAAUUAGUUUUUUCUGCAAAGAAAUGGGAUUAAGCCAAACUAUUUAAUUUUUAUUUCUUCAAUUUGUUUAAAAAUUUGAACCAAGUACUUAUCUUUUUAAAUUAGUUUUUUUGCAAAGAAACCGGAAGAACAUUUUUUAAUAGGUGCUCCGAAAGAACAAAUUUUCAAAUUGUUGUGACCUUAGUUUUUAUUUCAUUUUAUUUCUUUUAUCAAUGAAUGUAGAUUUUAGUAAAACAACAGUAGCUUGCUAAUUUCAGAAUUUAAUGUUGGCCUUCUUUGAUAAUGUAUAGUAGAAAACUGUUCAGGCAAAAUUUUUCUGGUUCUGUCCUGUACCCACACCAAAUUCUACAUUGUAGAUGUAAAUAAUGCUUACAAAUGUUCAUCUCCAACUGAUGAUUUAAAGUCAUAGAUCCCAUUUUUUUAUAUCUAAUUUUUCAUGGCUUAAACCAUGCCAAAACGUUUAAUUAAGAAAACAAUAGGCAAAUAGAAAAAGUAUUUUACUCAACACUUAUAAAUACUGAAUGUAAUUGAAACAUUUUGUAAUAUUUUCUUUAGAGAUUCUACUUUCACAAUAUUGUAAUUUGCAAGGGAUUCAAAAUUUCUCAUCAGUGUCAUUAAUAAGUAUGUAAAUCUAGUCAUUAUUCUUUUUUUUUUGUUUUACUUUUUUUGAAUUUAAUUGAUUUUUAACUUAUAUAUAUAAUUGGCAAAACAAAGAUAGAUAACUACUAGUUGGUAACCCGUUGUUCUUCUUAGAUGGCAAAAAGUACUUGUAGAUGUAUUGCUAUAUACUAAUUUUGUCUUAGAAUGACCGACCCAUUCUUUUGCUUUCCUCUUGUGUAAGAAUUAAGCAGUUCCAUAGUGUGGGUACUGGGUAGCACUAGCAAUGUUGUAUAAAAUUUAUCUGUUCAUGGCAGAGUCCUAAAAAAAAGCUGUUACCAGGAUAUACUUAAGUGUUUCUAGAUAAAAGAAAUUGGUUACAACUUCUGGUAUGUAAGUGUAAUAUAAUACACUUUAAACAUUCCAGGUAUUAUAACACUAUUGAUGUAAACUGCAACAAAUUGUGGUUUUAAAACUUUCUGGGUUAGUAGUAUUUUUAAGAGAAACAGAAUGUACAUAGUUCAUAUUUUAUAUUUAAACUAUUUUAUUAAUAUUAAUGUGCUCAAAUUGAAGUGCUAUAAUUAAUAACAAUACCAAAUAUAAAAGGCGAGUUUGAUUACCAAGAAUGCAAAUCCAGAUCCUUAAUUAUUUUGUUAACUUGUUUUUGAUUGCCAUUUUCAGUCAAACAAUUAACACAAUUGGGCAGAUUCAGAGAGAGAUUGGAUUUAAAUCCACUUUACACAAAACUAGGUCAUUUCGGCACUAACGUAUGGUCAAAUUUCAUUUUAAAAAUUUGUUUGUGUGUAGGGGUAUUUAGCAGUGGAAGAAAACUGGAUCAUCCUGAGAAAACCAACAAGGUUUGGUGAACAAACCUACUCCUUGCGACAUACAAGCUUGAGAUUGAAACCACAUCACCUGACUAAAUGACAGAUCUUAUGAUCUAAAGCACAGAGGUUAACCCACCCACCCACCACCCCCGGACAGAAGAAAAAUAAUGGAUUCUGUGUCUAGAAAGAAUCAAGAUUUGAAUUCCUGGCAAUCAAAACAUGUAUUUAAUUGAAUAAGACUAUAAUUUGAUGUAAUCAGAUCAUGUGGUCACAGGAUAUUGUUGUUUUAUGUGUUGAUAAAGUUUUCUUUUACGUGUUCAUAUAUUUUUUGUUUUGUUUAAUAUGUAUAGCCAGUGUGAAAGCAAGAUUCUCCCUUUUCUUAAAAAGUUAACUUGAAAAAUGCUUCCCUAUUUUGAUCCAAACUACAAUUUUCAGAAUGGCCAAGUCUGAAACCGAAAGUCAGUCCCCCUCAAAAAACCAAAGACACAACCAGUUCAAAAUCGUUAAAAUCUAUAGCUGCUGCUUUACUAGAAACACCUACUUCUACAGAAGUUGGUAGAGAUGAAGAAAAACUCAGCAGUUGCACAUCAAACAACAUAAAAAAUCCCAUCCCCAGUGAAGAAGUAAAGGGAGGUCACUCUACUGUACCGAUGAUUAAUAAUUCUGACAGUAGUUCAGAUGUAAAUGGUGAAGAAACGAGCACUUCCCGUAGUUACUUUGAAGAUAGUGAUGAUGAAUGGGAAUCAGAUGAUAGCCAAGAUAAUUUUAUCGUAAGUGGACCAGCUGACAAAUUUCAGAUGGAUGCAAACAAAGCUCCUACAUAUCAACCUGUUCAACGAACCUGGAAUCCAAGAGCAAGAACCUGUACAUCAUGUGGAGAGACCAGUCAUGUUGUUUACGACUGUCCAAACAAAGCCAGUAUUAUUUUUUAAACUGACUAAAUUUGUCAGAAUUUUGAGAAGAUAUGGUUGCCAUAUCAAAUUUAUUCACAGCAUAUUAUGUAAAUAAGAAAUGAUCCUUGACAUUGACAGAAAGCUCAACUCAAGAUCAGUCAAUGGCCAUUUUUGUUUUUUUAAAUCAAAAAUAAAAUUUCUAAAUCACAUGAAAUCAUCAAUGAAUUGUUUUAGAUAAUUCAGAAUAUUCAAUUCACAAUAAUUCACUAAUAAUUUUCUUUAGAAUUAAAGUUGAGCUUUCAUGUAUAAGAAAGAUUUAAUUACAGUUUGAAUUUGAUAAUGUCAUAAAAUGUAAAUGUACAUAGCGAUGGUAAACUAAAAUAUCCUAUGCAAUGUUUUGAUAAGAUGUUAAACCCAAUUCCAUGUUCAAAAUAUUAUUUAAGUGCCGAGUACUGUUCAUUCUUAUUUAUUAUAGGGAGCCACGGUGGCUAAGUGGGUAAGACGCUGGCUCGCUAGUCUGGAGGUCGUGUGUUCGAUCCCUGCAUUGGUUUCCCUUUGUCAGUAGCAGGACAGAGGGCAUGAAAAGGUCAGCUGUCUAGUCAUUCAGGUGGGACAAAAAAAAAAAACCCAAGGUCCCGUGUAUACAAUUGGAGUGCACGUAAAAGAUCCAUUGGCAGAUGGAAUUCGAUAUAAGAGUAGGCCAUGUUGUCGCUGCCCGGGGAACAUUUCCCUCAUAGCACACUGUAUGGCGUAUGCCCGUUUCAUUAGCCCAGUUGGAGCAGAACAGUAGGACGUUAAACCCAAUUUCAUUUCUUAUUCAUUAUAGUUUUGUUUUAGUAUUUUAUUAGUAGAUCUGUAGUCUUUUAUUUAUUUUGUAUAUUGACUCUUAUAUAAGACCAUCAGAGAAAAGUGAUUCAAUUCCAUAUAAAAAUUAGUAUUUUAUAAGACUUGUGUAAAAAUGCCGGUUUUAGAUAAUUGGAGUUAGUGGAAAUUUGGCUGUGAUGUUCCUGCCGUUGAGAAGAAACUCUCAAAAUUUGACUAUUUGAGUUUUAAAAUCAAAUACGAAUAGUUCUAAACAAGGGUACUAGAAAACAGACUUGUAUAAUGACUAAUUGUGCAAGAUUGAACAAACUGGCUUUACUACUUAAUAUCCAGUACCCUAUAUAUAGUUUAUAAUUGUUGAUAAUAUUCAAACAUGCCAGUAAAACUACAUAUUGAGUAAUUUCGUAAACACAGAUUAGGCCAAACUAUUUAAUUUUUAUUUCUUCAGAGUCCUAAUUUGUUUAAAAAUUUGAACUAAAUUCUUAUCUUUUUAAAUUAGUUUUUUCUGCCAAGAAACGGGAUUAGGCCAAACUAUUAAUUUUAUUUCUUCAGAGUCUUAAUUUAUUUAAAAAUUUGAACCAAGUACUUAUCUUUUUAAAUUAGUUUUUUUGCAAAGAAACGGGAAGAACAUUUUUCAAUAGGUUCUCUGAAAGAACAUAUUUUCAAAUUGUUGUGACCUUAGUUUUUAUUUCUUUUAUCAAUGAAUUUACAUUUUAGUAAAACAACAGUAGCUUGCUAAUUUUAGAAUUUAAUGUUAGCAUUCUUUGAUAAUGUAUAGUAGAAAACUGUUCAGGCAAAAUUUUUCUGGUUCUGUCCUGUACCCACACCAAAUUCUACAUUGUAGAUGUAAAUAAUGCUUACAAAUGUUCAUCUCCAACUGAUGAUUUAAAGUCAUAGAUCCCAUUUUUUUACAUCUAAUUUUUCAUGGCUUAAACCAUGCCAAAACGUUUAAUAAGUAUGUAAAUCUAGUCAUUAUUCUUUUUUUGUUUUACUUUUUUUGAAUUUAAUUGAUUUAUAACUAAAAUAUAUAUAUAUAUAUAUAAAUUGGCGAAACAAAGAUAGAUAACUACUAGUUGGUAACACUUUGUUCUUCUUAGAUGGCAAAAAGUUCUUGUAGAUGUAUUGCUAUAUACUAAUUUUGUCUUAGAAUGACCGACCCAUUCUUUUGCUUUCCUCUUGCAUAAGAAUUAAGCAGUUCCAUAGUGUGGGUACUGGGUAGCACUAGCAAUGUUGUAUAAAAUUUAUCUGUUCAUGGCAGAGUCCUAAAAAAACUGUUACCAGGAUAUGCUAAAGUGUUUCUAGAUAAAAGAAAUUGGUUACCACUUCUGGUAUGUAAGUGUAAUAUAAUACACUUUAAACAUUCCAGGUAUUAUAACACUAUUGAUGUAAACUGCAACAAAUUGUGGUUUUAAAACUUUCUAGGUUAGUAGUAUUCUUAAGAGAAACAGAAUGUACAUAGUUGAUAUUUUAUAUUUUAAACUAUUUUAUUAAUAUUAAUGUGCUCAAAUUGAAGUGCUAUAAUUAAUAACAAUACCAAAUAUAAAUGCGAGUUUGAUUACCAAGAAUGCAAAUCCAGAUCCUUAAUUUUUUUGUUAACUUGUUUUUGAUUGCCAUUUUCAGUCAAACAAUUAACACAAUUGGGCAGAUUCAGAGACAGUGAGAGAUUGGAUUUAAAUUCACUUUACACAAAACUAGGUCAUUUCGGCACUAACGUAUGGUCAAAUUUCAUUUUAAAAAUUUGUUUGUGUGUAGGGGUAUUUAGCAGUGGAAGAAAACUGGAUCAUCCUGAGAAAACCAACAAGGUUUGGUGAAGAAACCUACUCCUUGCCACAUACAAGCUUGAGAUUGAAACCACAUCACCUGACUAAAUGACAGAUCUUAUGAUCUAAAGCACAGAGGUUAACCCACCCACCCCCCCGGACAGAAGAAAAAUAAUGGAUUCUGUGUCUAGAAAGAAUCAAGAUUUGAAUUCCUGGCAAUCAAAACAUGUAUUUAAUUGAAUAAGACUAUAAUUUGAUGUAAUCAGAUCAUGUGGUCACAGGAUAUUGUUGUUUUAUGUGUUGAUAAAGUUUUCUUUUACGUGUU